AUGCUGGACGAAACGCAUUUCGGGGUGACGUCCCCGUACGGACUACAAGAAGUGGUGGUGGUUGGCUCGGAAAAUGACAUGAUCAUCGAUGAAUUGGAGAAACAUGGAAUCCAAGCUCGCUACAGCGAUGAUGGACUUGACUACAUUGAUCAGGAUCCCCUCUUUGUGAUAGAUGAUUUCAUGACACGGGCAUUUAUAAAUCUCGCAUCGACUGGAAGAAAUCCGCAGAAAGACGUGAAGUCUCCAAGGAUUGUCGGGCCCCCAUACAUUCUACAAAACCUCAAGCUUCACCAGAAGGUUACUUUGCCUCCACGCAACCGCCCUCGUUUCUGCUGUUUAAUGGCCGACAUCCACGUCAAAAUGGAUGUUAAAGAUUCGGAUCUAAAGAAAGAGCUCAUCGACAAAUUUCACUGGAUGAGUGGCUCCGUCAAAAAAGAGAUGGGCCAACUAUUAACACACUUUGUUGGUGACUCAGUCAGCUCCGAAAGUUGCAGGAAAGUGGCAGCACUUGGGUUGCCCCUUCUGCGGUACACAUGGAUAUCGGAAGCAUGGAGCCAGGCAAAGAAUUUGAACUUUAACGUUAUGGAAGAGAGCUUUCUGAAACGCCAUACUUUGGAAUGUUUUGAGGGACUAAGGUUUUACUUCGUUGGUUUUUCGGAAGAGCAAGUCGAAGAAAUGACGCGUAUCGCAGAGGCUAAACUUGCUGAAGUGGUCGGUCAUAUGGCGCUGGCAUCUCAUCUCAUUUAUGGAACGUUUUCGGAAAAUCUUCCUUCGAUCCCCAUUGAUAUCCUUGCAUGGCGUGUUACUGAAAAGUGGUUCUGGAAGUCGGUCGAUUUGGGAAGAGCUUUGUCAGAGUCCGAUUUUGCCCCCAAUUCGAAACCCAUUCAACGCCAGAACACGCAUACAACACUCAACGGCAGCAAAUCAUCAAUUUUGAACAACUCUAACAGCUCGAUGAUAUCGGGUAGCGAGAGAAGUACGGGCUCUCCAUGCAAAGCGGAUAAAAAGCAGCUUAUUGUCUCCGAGAUGCUUCAAACGGAAACCAAUUACAUUGAGGCUCUACAACUACUGAUGCAGAUGAAACAGAAGUUAGCCGGAACAAAAGAAAACGACAGUGAAUCGUGGAUUGCAAAGAAUCCACAUGGAAAUAUCACAAUGGCUGAUGCGAAUAUCAUCUUUGGAAAGUUGAGUCCGAUUAUUGCUGCACACAAAUCCAUUCAAAAGGACUUGAGCACUCUCGUCAACAAUUGGACGCCGAAAUCUGCUGUUGGUCCGAUUUGGCACGCGCACAUGGAUAUCCUUUCCAAAGUCUACCCACCGUUCAUCAACACUUAUGACAUGGCAAAGCAACACUUCAUGCAUUUGGAUGAGGACGAACACUUUCAUGCCUUUGUCAGGACUUGUGAAGCUGAUGAGAAGUGGCGACGCCAGCGCGUGAUGGAUAUCUUGGUUCGACCAGUUCAACGUCUUGCUCAAAUCUUCAUGCUGCUCGAACAAUGCGCCAAACACAGCAAGAAGAGCUCGAGCGAUGCGGAUUCCCUUAGCAAGGCUUGUCGUAAAGGACAAGACAUACUAAAAGUUGCGAAUGAAUCACGACGUGCCACUGAAGAGUAUGAGAAGAACUGCCGCCUGUUUGAUGAGAUUGAGAAUAUGCCACCAGAAUUGCGAUCGAGUCAACGGUACUUAAAUGAAGAAUGCAUUGUCGUUUGUCUGGGAGGGUCUGGUGAUUGGCAGCGCUUUUUGCGAAAGCCACUUAGGUUGAUGAUUUUCAACGAUAUUUUUGUGAUUGUCAAAAGACGUGCUCCUCCAACUGGGACCAUUUCAAGGAUGGCUCGUCAUUUCUCCACCAAUUCGUUGUUGAGCGAUCGACGCAAGAUCUACAAAUUCAUCUCGUUUUACUCUUACAACAGUGGUAUUCGGCAGAUUGCUUCGUUAAACGAUAAUUCAAUGGACAAAAAUCGUCUAUUUAUGAUUACUUUGCGCCACAAUGAGAAAGGGGAUGAGCAGGUGUUACUUGGGGUGGAUGAAUAUUAUGGUCAUGAUCCGACGCACGUCGCGAACUGUAUGGCUCAAAUAGAAAAGAAUGUCUUCUUGGAAACUGGCCGCGAAAAUUUGAUAGAGAAACGGACCUUGCGCAAACUGCCACAAGCUUAUACGGUCGACAUGGUUGAAUCGUCAGCGAUAAGUGUUCUUGACGAAACCAAGGAAAACAUCAUCGAUCCCGACAUGACUGUGAGCUGUCAUGGGGCUAGAAGAUUCACGUUGCGGAAGGCGUUGUCAAACACAAACAUUCUUCAGCGGCGUUUCCACACACACCCACUGCGUGAACAGCAAAGCCCGUGCAUUCUGGAAGAAUCAGUGUUUGUCCCGAUUGAUGAUGCUCAUCCGUCAUUCUCGACUUCAACAGUCAACGUUGCAAGUCCAAGCGCGUCACCGCGGAAAGGCCUUGGUCCAAAGAUGCAGGGUGUCAACAACUUGUUGCGAAUAUUCAGAAAGCCAUCGUUCCGAAAGCAGGACACGACGCAGCUGGAUCAAACCGCCGUGAAUGGAAAAUUUUACUCAAAACCAAUA